GUGACACGUCAUGAGAAUGCCACAGACACCAGUCCGUAUCAUAGGAGCGGGAAUCGGGGGACUGACUCUCGGCCGUUGUCUGCUCAAAUAUGGAAUCCCUGCGGUUCUCUACGAGAGAAAGCCCUCAAGUCCCCGUCACGAUUACGGAAUCACGCUCUAUGCUUCGUCAUAUCUGCCUCUUCUGGACAUCCUAGGCAUGGACGAGUUUACCUUCAGACGCCGCAUAGCGGUAGAUGGAUUUUUAGGCGGAAGCGGUAACAUCGAACCAGGAUCCUUCGCUACUCCUAGGAGAGUGAACUCAACAUCGUUUCGUGCUCAUCGCGGGAAAUUUGAAAAAUUGCUCUGCGAAGGGCUUGAUAUCCAAUGGGGAAACUCCCUCGAAAAAGUGGAAGAGGCACCUUCGGGGAUGAUUCUUCACAUGCAAAAUGGGCAGAAAUUGGAGAGCACAUGUAUUAUUGGAGCUGAUGGACCUCACUCCAAUACUCGAAAGUCUCUCUCCCCUGAUACGUCAUUCAACGUUCUUCCCUUUGUUGCCUUCAAUGGCAAGCGACGGGUGGAACGUGAUCUCUACGACAGUCUUUAUGCUCCAGCUUUUAAAGGCUCCAACGUUAUAGAGAAGAAACAAGGCGAUAUGUUCCUAAAUAUUUCCAUCGAUGAGCAGCAGACAGACGCAGUGAGCAUUAGUUGGAUAUUUUCGCGCCCAGCCAGACGUUUCAACGAUCCGCUUCAUCGGCCCAACAGGUCAGUUUCAGAGGCAGCGGAUAUUCCAAAAGAUUUUUUCGAUGAGAUAGAAACACUCCAUGGACUAGACCAGCCUUUCAAGGACGUGUUCGAUGCAGAGAAGCUAAGGCUGGAACGGGCUUUGCAUUGGCUUAUGCGGACAGUCUUGGAACUUUGUACGCUUGCAAACAAGGGCGUCUUCUUUAUAGGUGAUUCAGUUCAUGCAGAGCCUAUUCUAGGUGGUGAAGGUGCAAACAAUGCUAUUGUAGAUGGCAUGGAGCUUGCAAAGUGCAUCUCAGAAUUUGGACAAGGAGGUAUUACAACUUGGUACGACUCCCGAUAUCCCGCGUGGAAAGAUGGUAUUGGCAAAAGUGAGCAAGCUAUUGCUCUCAUGCAUAGACAGUAGUUUCAAGAUUUCAAAUUUCCUCUACGUUUCUUUGGCAGAAGGGUUGCAUCGAAAUAACUAUCAAGCAUCUAGUAUAAAUAUUAUCGGUCUGUGUAUUCGCUGCGCUCUCGGAUUAGAGUAAUUAAAAGUGCUUAGUCCCUUACCUGAAUAAU